CUUUCACAUUUCCUCUGCACAUAUCCGAGCAGUCUAAUUGUGUGUGCAUUAUUGUAAAGAAUGAAAGCUUUAAGAUUAGAAGAUUUAUGUUUGACGAAUAUAACUGAUAAUUUUACUAUUUUUAAUUCGGCAUAUUCAAAGUCUGAUGAUGCUUCCUUACAGAGAAAUUUGGAAUUUUUGCAGCGGGUCUAUUCGAUGGAUCUCAUAAAAAGGUUAUCGCAAGCAAGACAACUAACUAAUGAAGAUUAUCUCGAAUUGUUGAUAAACAAACACCUGAAGGAGCUAGACUUCACAAAAUUUAGAUAUUGUAGCUGGAAGAAAGUUCUAGAAAGAGUUAUGAAAAUUGCUGAGGGCCUUGUGAAAGUGAAUUUGGAUGCAAAAAUAUUCCGUAAACAUCGUGGAAAAAUAAAAGAAAUUAUAGGACUUCUGAAAAAUGCUGAAUAUCUCAACGCAUCGAGUGAGUGCGAUGAUGAAACUUUACAAAUUAUCUCCAAAUGUUGUCCAGAACUUAAAGAACUGGACCUGAGAAUUGCGUUUCAAGUUACCGACAAAGGACUAAGAAGCCUCUGUGAGUCUUCGGGCACAGUUGAGUCUUCGGGCACGCUUAAUCUUCGUGUCUUGCGUUUGGACAGCGCAGUGAUUAAGGAAGAAACAGUUACAUUCAUUCUUCAAAGCAUGCCAUCGCUUGAAAUUUUCAGUCAUCGUUAUGUGCCACGGGCUUUAUGUUCUUUGCAUAACGAUGGACUCCACGAAAAUGAAACGUUUUCCUUAACUGAGCUUGAUUUACGUCUUUAUGUCUCCGAUCUUCUUGAAGUUCUAACUACCUGCACUCUUCUUUGCCCAAAUAUAGCAAAAUUCUACUGUCUGGUAACUACACAAGAGCAUGUAGAUUUGUGCUGUAAAUUUCCUAAACUCGAGGAUUUAACUAUACGCGGUUUAAUACAAAGACCAAUAAAUUUAAAUAACUUUUUGCAAAUCAAGGGAUGUAAUUUAAUUUCAUUGGACGCUGAAAAUAUUUCAAUUUCCAUUCCAGUUUUGAUAGAGAAUUGCCAAAAGCUUCAAAAAUUGCGUUUAAAUAACGUGGCAUUCCAACAUACAAAAGAUGACUGUAUGUCAAUUUUAAAGCAUUUAAAAGAGUUUAGUAGCUAUCCUGGUGCGUCCUCCUCUGGUGCGUCAAGUGCAGAAGCUUUGAUUCUGAUACUGAAUACUAGUCCUAAUAUAGAAAGAUUAUCUGUAUUACACACUGAAUUUUCUGAUCUUCAGUUAAGAAACGCUCUUCUGAAGUACUGUGAACUAAACUCUUUAAAGCGCUUAGAGUUCAUUUAUUCAGAUGUUGAUGUAAAUUUCUUGGUGUUAAUACUUCAAUUAUGUUCAUCUCUUCAGAAACUGAAGAUAGAUUACUGUUACUGUAUAUCUUCUGAGGAAAUUGCACUGUUGAAUGAAAUUUCAUCUGCUUCGAGAAAUGCACCUGAAAUUAUUUGGAAUGACUUUAGAAAACCAAGACUACGAUGUGACUGAUCUCGAAAUAGAUGGAGUUCGUGAUUUUUAUUCUGAUUCUUAAAAUCGAUUUAUAAUUAAUUUAUUUUUUAUGUUACUUUUAUCGCAGGUUUGACUAUUAAAGAUUAAUUUUGCUUCAAAAAAGUA